GCGGAAUCGGAGCAUCGGCAGACUGUUCGAAUCCCCAGCACUGCUGCGAUAGGUCAGUCUGAAAGGGCACUCUCGGUCUGGCAGGCUGGGCUUGACCCUUCGGGUGAGGCUGGAAGCAUGCCGGAGGGUCCGAGGAACCACUCGGCCAAUCGAACCCACCAACUCUCUGCACCUCCAUCUCUGGCAGUCGUGCCAUUCCGACAAAGCGACGCCUGGAGCCGGCAAACCGUGAGUCUGUAUGGGCCGGUUGGCAGGCGACGGCUGGCCAAACUAGAAAGAGGACAGUCGAGUGUGAUUGUGAUGUUGAUUGUACUUGCACGUGUGCAGCUGGUGUGCAGUCGAGAGGAGAAAGUCGGCAAAUGUAUGAAAGAAAGCCGCAUAUUGGCCGUGUACAAAGUGUUGCCGGGGCAAACGGACGUGGACGAGGACGAGGACAAGGUUGACACAAGAAUUGCUAAUGAGGCCCUCGCCAAUCGUGCACAUUUGAGACGAUUCUGGUACAUGCAGCCGAAAAGCUGGCCGUGGUAG